AUGAAUUCUUAUCCAUACUUUACACUUCAACAAAAACUUGAAAAUAUUGAUAGUUCUUUGAAAGAAGCCGUUCAGAAUUAUAUUCGUCUCGUCAUUGACGCGCAUUUAACUCAAAACAAUGAUAUUAUCAAGUCUAACACGUCGUAUGCGUUACAACUUCGUGAAUCUGAAAUAAAAACCAGGCAACUUCAGGCUGAAUAUAUUGAACUAAGAGUGACUGUUGCGCAAUUAAGAGCAAAACUUGAAAAGUUGAAACACAAAAAAGCAAGAACGAAUGACAACUUCAAAGAAAAUGUUAAAUCUGCAAGCGAUAAAAUUAUCGCUUUAGUCCAACAAUUACAAGGUGCUGCAGAUUCUUUAAGCACCAUUGUGGAUCCUGAAUCAACUCGAGGAUCCAGCUUCUUUUCUGAUGGUUCCUCAAUUGAUCUAACAAAUGGAGUCGCAAGCGGAAGUCAGUAUUCCGAAUUGAUGAGCAACAUGGACAUUACUAUGGAUAUUAUUCCACAUAAGAAAAAGCCGGUUAAUUUGAAACCGAAAUCUUUAGUUUCGAUCAACGAAUUUAACGAGGAACAAAAAUAUCAAAGAACUUCAGCUUUUGCAUCAAGUUCUCACAAAUCUGAACUAGUUGAAGAAGAACCUUUGCAAUUAGAAAUUACAGAUACCGAUUAUAAAUUCCAGAGAGUUCAAACAAAAAUUCCCCAUAAAGUGAAACUCUUUUCCAGGCAAAAACUCGACGAGACUAACUACGCUUCACAGCAAGAUCAAGUUCCUCAAUAUCUGCAACAAAACGUCGUAAAUUUAUCAAUGGAUAUUGUUACUGAUCAGGUGGAACAAGAAAGUAAAUAUUCAGAGUGUACACGUGGGAAUGUCGUUGACGGAACUCCUUCUUCCGCGUUUCAACGAGCACUUGUCGUAGCUCCGACCCUGGCGACUGAUAAUUCUGCUGUGUCAAUGACCGUAGCUAUGACACCUUUUCAAAAAGAAUCUGAGCCUAACAACUCUCAAAAAGCUGAAGAGAGUUUACAAAAUGUAGGAAUAUCAGAAAAAUACAAUAAGAAGCAUGUUAGAGUAGAAUCAGAAUGGAUGAUUGAGAUGAAUGAGAGAGGAUCUCAGGGAAGAAGGAGAUUUCAAGUAAAUUACGCUGAGCCAAACCUUCGCAGCAAAUUACGUAGGGGAGAUCCUCAUACCUACACCUUAGAAACAGAUUCUCGAAAAUAG